AUGGCCAAAUGGUCUGAUAGGGGUUUGACAGUGGCAGGACAAGGAAGAAAAGGAACACGUCUAGAUCAACUCAAUGAUCCAAAACGAAUAUUCAUCGAUGGAAAUGAUACGCUUUACAUUUGUGACUAUAUGAACCAUCGUGUCAUUUCAAUCGAUCAUGAAGGAUUUUUGUACAUCGCCAACUGGGGGAAUCAUUGUGUCGUCAAAUGGCAUAAAAAUGCCAACAAUGGCGAAAUUGUUGCGGGAGGAGACGGAAGUGGCACUGGACUGGAUCGGUUACACCUUCCGAGCGAUGCAAUUGUCGACACUCAAUCGGAUGGUGCUUUUCUAGUUGCUGAUACUUUAAAUCAUCGAAUCCUUCGUUUUCAACUCGGCAGUCGAAUGGGAGCGAUAAUUGCUGGCGUAGGAGGAAAGGGAAGUGGCGAUACUGAGUUGAACAGUCCACUUAAUUUGGCAUUGGAUAGUCAAGGCAAUUUAUACGUGUCUGACUCCGACAAUGACAGAAUUCAAAUGUUUCCUCGAAUCUGA